AUGAGAGGAAAGGAAAGGAAGAUGAAAGGGAAAGGAAAGGAAAGGAAAAGAGGAAAGGGAAAAGAGGAAAGAACGAAGAAUGGGAGAGAGGAAAGGAAGGGGAAGGAAGAGAGAAAAGUGAGAGAGAGGAAAGGAAAGAGAAUCCCUAUAAAAAAGGGGAAAGGUAAGGGAAGGGAAAGGGAAAGGGGAAAGAGUGAAGGAAUAAGGGAAAGGGAAAGGGAAGGGAAGAGAAAGAGGAAAGAGGGAGAGCGAGAGAGGAAAAAGGAAAAAGGGCGAGAGAAUAAGGGAAAGAGAAGGAAGAGAAAAGUGGAAAAAGCGAAAGGGAAAGGAAAAGAGGGAAAACGAGAAAAGAGCGAGGGAAUACACAAACACACACACACCACCCACCCACGCUCCCAACCUACAUACCUAAAAGAAGAUGUAAAUAAAAGGAACCGAGGAAAAGAUCUAAAAAAAAGAAAUGAAGGUAUUCUUAAUUUGACUUAA